UCAAAAUGUCAAGAUGGCGACGAGAUCGAAUCCUUAACGCAUUUCAGAUUAUUUUUUACUAACAUUUCCAAAACUUUGCGAUAUUUAUUAAUAUCGAACGAAAAGGAAACUCACAUAUUUAAACACGCGAGAGAGAAAUUGUUUAAUUUUUCGUAGCAAUUAUUGCACUUCGGCGUGCUCCUAUGCGCAACACGAUCUGACAAAUUUUCACAUAAUUUCCAUAUUGAAAAUUAUUGAAAAUCUUAUGUUCGACUAGUUAUUUACUUAUUAUUUAUAUAAGUUUUACAAUGGAUCCGCGUUUGCAUAGGAGAUCCGAGCCGGAAAAAGGGCCGGCCAAUUUGAUUGUUGACUGGUUAAAUGAGGCUUCCAUAAGCCUUUCUGAGGAAGUUAAAGUCACAAAUAUCUGCAAAGUACAAGAGAUUUUGUUAAAUAAAGAACCACAUUUGUUAAAACUUUACUUGGACGACAUUCUACAAUUUUCUGUAGACAGAAGCUCGGAAGUUAGAAAAACUGUUACAGGAUUUAUUGAAGAAGCUGGAAUAAAGUAUCCAGAGGUAAUUCCUUCUAUAGUUCAGGUACUUCUUAGAUUAGCAUCAGAUGAUGCAUCUGCUGUAGCUAAACGAGCGCUUAGAGCUAGCGGAAGAAUUCUGAGAGCUGCGCUUAAAUGGAUUGCUAGUGCUGCUGUUGUUACAUCAGAAAUGGAAUUAGCAUGGACCAACUUAAGUGCUCUUAAAGUUCAGAUUAUUAAUAUGAUUGACAGUGAUAACGAUGGAAUAAGAACACAAGCUGUAAAGUUUCUUGAAGGUGUGGUUUUAAUACAAACAUAUCCAGAUCCUGACAGUCCAAAGAAAUCUGAUGACUUUUCUCUUGAGGAUAUUCCAUUAACACUGAAGAUAGCACGCAGACGAAAAUUGGAAGAAGAAGCAAAUCAUGUUAUGGACUUACUAAUCAAGUUUCACGGAUCUCCUCAUGUCAGCAGUGUGAAUUUAAUGACAUGUAUGGGAUCUUUGGCGUCAAUCGCAAAAAUGAGACCACAAUUUAUGUCAAAUGUAAUUCAAGCAUUACAGAGGCUGCAACAUGAUUUACCACCAACGUUAUCUGACUCUCAAGUAACUAGCGUACAAAAACAACUGAAACUUACACUUCUUGGUCUAAUGAAACAUCCUGCUAGUAUAGAGUAUGCAUCAGUCAUAGCAAAAGAAUUGACUCAGCUUGGAGCAAAAGAACAAGAAAUUAUUAAAGCCUAUCCGAAACCAGAAGAUAUUCGUCGGAUAAAAAAGCGUCAACAGGAAUCUACGUCGGCUACUACUGCUGCAAAACGAACAAAACUUGAUGUUGCAAUAUCCGAUGACGAAUCAACUUCUCUUUCAUCUCCUAAAGUCCCUGAGUUACCUGAACUGUCUGAAAGUUUUAUUGCCGAAAGGCUUAGUGUAGAAAUUGCAACGGAAUUAGUGAUGGACAGUAUGGCGUGGGUUCCGGAUACCAUGUCGACAAUUUUUCAAAGAGAAUAUCAACCCACAGCAACUACCGACAGUAACGUACAACGGCAAACAAUCGCUAAACUGUUAGCAUCGCAAAUCAGACAAAAAUUGAAAAAGAAUAGAAAAGAAGCCAAGGAAGAGGAUGCCGUAAUGGAAGACUUGAUUAAGAACCCCAGCAUUAGUGUAGCCGAGGCUAAACGCGAGCGAAAACGCGAGAAAGAUCGUGAGAAGGAGAAAGAAGCGAAAGCGUCAUUAGAAGCUCAUGAAAAAUCCCUUGCAAAAGCUAGAAGUCGUUUGAAAGCAUUAAAAUUGGCUGAAGUGACGAAACCACUUGCGAAGGACGUUAAAGAACGAAUGUUGUUAAUGGCAGUGAAUAGAGUAUUGCUUGCGGAAAAGACUGCAGUUUUUGGUGGCGUUGCUGCUGUAAGAUCCAAGAUUUUGACAACAUUGGCGGCCACUUUUAAUCCUUACAUUAAGGAAGCUGUACUACGUUAUAUCACUGAUGAUAUGCGAAAUCGACUAGAUUUGGCAAUGGGGUGGCUAUAUGAGGAAUAUGCUUUGCUACAAGGAUUUCAGAGACGAACUAUAUUGUGUACGAAACCUCAGGAAGCUCCGCAUCAAGCAUAUAAUUUUUUAUUGUGCACUUUAGUUUCAGCUAUUGAUUUAGUUCAGGGUAAAGAUCGUGAUACUCUGUUGUACAGACUAUAUCUGGAAGCACCGUUAAUAACAGAAGAUGCUGUAGAGGCUUUAAAGGUAGUCUCUUCCGAUGAAACUAGAGGUCUUGCUCCUCUGCAACUUCUGAAAGAGAUGGUAUUACGUAGGCCGACAAAACAACUAGUAUUUUUAAAUGUCCUGUUAUGCCAUACUGGGCAUGAAAACAACACGAUACGAGAAGCUGCGAUACAAUUAGUCUGCCAAUUAUACAGCAGGCCAGAAUUAAGCAAACUGAUCGAGGAAUAUGCAGUUCUUUAUUUAGGGUUUUUGCGUCUUCACAAUCCGCCCGAAAUUGUUUUUGGACAAGAUAGAGGCAGACCGCAAAUUGAGAGUCAGUGGAGUGAAUCGACCACGCGUGCUUGCUUAGGAUUAUAUCUCGCUCUCCUCAGUGAACAUCAAGACCUCAUUCAUGAAUUGGCAAGAGUAUAUACAUCAAUGGGAGCAGAUGUAAAACGUAUUGUAUUAAGAUUGGUGGAAGGACCCGUAAGAUCAUUAGGUAUGGGAAGCCCACAAUUGCUGGCGCUCGUUGAAAACUGUCCAAAGGGAUCUGAAACCUUAGUUACUAGAAUCAUACAUAUUCUCACGGAAAAAUCCGCUCCGAGUGCAGAACUGGUCGCAAGAGUACGAGAAUUAUAUCAGACUAGAGUUUCUGAUGUUCGAUUCCUAAUUCCUGUUUUGAAUGGACUCACGAAAAAAGAAGUAAUCGCUGCACUUCCAAAACUCAUAAAAUUAAAUCCUAUUGUUGUAAAAGAGGUGUUUAACAGAUUACUUGGAACACACAAUAAUGACAGUGGUGUACCUCAUACAUCACCUAUUACACCCGCGGAAUUAUUGAUAGCUUUACAUAAUAUAGACCCAAGCAAAGCUGAAUUGAAGACCGUCAUUAAAGCGACGUCUCUUUGCUUCGCUGAAAAGCAAGUCUACACGCAGGAAACAGUUGCCGUUGUGAUGCAGCAUCUUAUGGAGAUGACACCCUUGCCAACAUUGUUAAUGCGAACAGUUAUACAGAGUCUGGCUCUUUACCCAAGACUAAGCGGAUUUGUCAUGAACAUACUUCAGCGGCUAAUUUUGAAACAAGUAUGGAAACAGCCAAAAGUGUGGGAAGGUUUCGUCAAAUGUUGCGAACGAACGCAGCCGCAAAGUUUCGCCGUUAUAUUGCAAUUACCGCCGACACAGUUAGCAGAAGCGCUCCGAAUGGCUAGCAAUUUACGUGCCCCCUUAUUAGCUCACAUUGAAGCUUUUACUGAGAAUCAGAGAGCACACAUUCCACAAUCGAUAAUGGAUGUCAUACAGGGUAAAACACCUUGUGAAAUACACGAUGAGUUUGAUAUAGGGCCACGGAGUGAUUAUUCGAAUGAUCAAAAACCAGAUACAAUGGAAAUUGAUCUUUCGGAACCAGCUCCUCCCGGCUUAGAUUAGCAUAGUUAUUCUAGUGCUAGAAAUUAGAGAGAAAGUUUGUCUGUCCCGGUAUUUUUUUAACACAUCCAAACUGUAAAAUUAUUUAAUUUUUAAUUAUUUUCUUUAAUGUGACGUUUAUAUACAUCACAUUAUUUACGCCAUAACAGUUACAUAGUGGCGUCUAAUGUGUAGCGCGUGCCUGUUCAUAUUUAGUUUUUCAUUUGAAUAUACAGCUGAAUUCGAAAUUUUAUUCAGCUAUUAUCAUUUGAUCUCUUCCUUCAAUAUCUUCAAAAGAUUUAUUUCUACAUACAAUAUAAAUAUAAAGCAGCUGAUAUAUAAAAUAGUCAUCAUUUGAUUUAUAUCACAUUUAAACAGACUAGAUUAAUAUUGAAAUAUUGAAUAGAUUAAUAUUAAAAUAUUGAAUAGAAUAAUAUUGAGAUAUUGAAGAAAUUUAUGUUGUUUUUGAGAAAACAACGUAACACUCUUUUACUUAAAGAUCUAAACAUGUGUUGUAUAUUCCUGAGAUAUCUUUAACUAAGCUAUCAGUGUUGAUUAUAUGUAUAUAUAUAGAUAAUAUAUAUAUAUAUAGAUAAAUAAGACAAUAUCGUUGUAUUAAACUCGAAAAUUAUAUAACUUUGCCACAAAAUAUAAACUAUAUGAAGCUAAUAUAGAAAAAAAUAAAGAAAACUUAUACAUCUUGAGUUUUUGGACCAAGUCAAAAUGUUUUAAUUGCUUCAUUAUGUACUGUUUGUGCAUGAAAAUUAACUUAUCAAGAGUACAUUAACAAAUCAGUUUUAAACAUUACUUAUCUGUCUGUAUAUAUAUUGCAUACUUGUUCGAAAUAGUAAUAUUUGUAGCACAAGUCUGAAAAAAGGGUGUGUGUGUGUGUAUGUGUAAAAGAAAAUUAUAAAGUCAAGGCCAUGAAUAUAUCACAUGAAAGUCAUAACUUUUUAUAAAGUAUAACUUUUCACAAUAUAAAUAUAUAUAUAAUCUACAAUG